AUGGAACUACCAGAUAACCCUCCCAAGGUCGACAUCAGGACGCAAAUCUACGAGACACUACGGAACACAGCAGAAUUAUUGGACGAUUGGGAUGCCAUCAACGCCAACGAGGCCGCGAGCGGCGUUGUCUUGGGCCUCUCAAAGGCCCUUCAGCAGAGGCACCACCAUGCUGUAGAAGGCUUCUUUGCCAGACACUCAUCUCACUGGAAGGACACGCUUGCCCUGACAGCCCAUCUCAGAUCGUUCAAGAGCAAAGGGGUCAUUGCGUCGGCGUUGCUGGAACUCCACAUUCUGCGCAAAGCCCAGAGCUUCCAGCUCGAACAGGCGCAGGUGAUGGAGGCUACUGACGAGCUUAAAUGGCUCGACUGUGAAUUCAGCUUCAGGACUACUUCCCCCAAGGCUUUCUGCCGAGGAAAGAUGAUGCUCAUUCCCGAUAGUCGUGGAACGGGCCAACCCGACUGGAAGAUUUGGUCAAUGAGCACAUACCUGGCCGAGUAUGAAGACUUCCCCGAGGACGAGGAUCUGCUCAGGCUGCCUUCGGCUCCUAUAGCGGACGACAAAACCAUCUCGACAAGUGUGCUGAUUGUCGGCGGGGGCAAUGCAGGCUUGAUACUGGCCGCUCGUCUGAAGGCUUUAGACAUCGACUAUGUCGUGGUCGAUCGCAACUCGAAAGUAGGGGACAACUGGGCGUCGAGAUACGACUGUAUGCGCUUCCAUGUCUACAAGUCAUUUUGCGAGACACCGUAUAUACCAUACCCACAGACAACCAACGAAGGCCUCACGCGAGAUCAACUAGCCGACCAGAUCGUGGCCUUUGCCAAGGAGUUCGACCUAAACCGUCGCGUUCUCCAUCGCACGAGCAUCGCGGCAACAGAGUACGACCAAACGAGCAAGACCUGGCGCGUCGAGCUAGCAACGGACAACAUUCGACGGACCUUGUCCUGCAAAUGCAUGGUCCUCGCGACGGGCGGUGCCGGCUUCGCAGGUCCCGCCCCCCUGCCAGACCUCCCGGGCCAAGAGUCUUUCAAAGGCCCCAACAUACACUCGGCACAGUAUCGCAACGCCAGCGAUCUAGUUUCGUCGGGGGCCAAGUCCGUGGCCAUCAUCGGAUCCGGCAACACGGCAUUCGACGUCUUGGUUGACUGCCACGAUGCCGGUCUCAAGACAACCAUGGUGCAACGAUCAGACACCUACGUCGUUCCCAUGACAUACUUUGCUCACCCAAUGGGCUUUGGAGUCUACGACAUCCUACCGGCGGAAGACGCCGACGUGAUUGUCAACGGAGGACCGUUGGCUGUAGGCGGCGCCAUCCUAGGCCUGGCUCACACGAUGCAAGCCGCACAAGAACCGGACCGAUACAACGAGGCUAGAAAGGCCGGGCUUCGCGUGCAAGACUCCCUGACGGGCGACCUGCUCAUCAACCUCAUCGACCGUUGCGGCGGGCACUUUGUUGACAUGGGAACAGGCAUGGAUCUCAUCACGACCAAGAAAGUCGGCGUCCGGUCCGGGGUCGUGCCCACCUCCUACACAGCCAACGGUCUUGUCCUAUCUGACGGCACUCGGCUGGAAGCAGACGCCAUUGUCUGGUGCAUCGGGUUCGGCAACAUUGAUGGCCGGAAGAACCUCCCCGACACGCUCGGAGCCGGAGCCGAAGAUAUUGCCCGCAGGCUCGAGCCCACAUGGGGCGCGGACGCUCAAGGCGAGAUUCGUGGGCUCUGGAAGCGGCACCCCGACGUUGACAACCUCUGGAUCUUUGCCGGUGGGACUGCACAGCAUCGAUGGUUCUCAAAGGUGAUUGCCUUGCAGGUCAAGGGAGUCCUCGAGGGAAUCCUGCCCGACGCCUACAGACAUACACCAGAGCCACAAGUUGCAGAGGAAUGGAGGCGCGGAGAAACGUGGGCUCCAAAUUUGUAG